GAUGUGCUGGGAACUCUCAAGUACAUCAUGACGGAGGUGAUCGUAGAACAUGUUCAAGGCGAUCCGGCUCGGACCGCCAGGAAAUACAACAUCGAUUCCGUGGGGCAUUAUCGCGUGCAGGUGAGGAAUCCCGAUGCUAUUCAGGUAGGAGGUGUCAUGGGCUUCGCCAACGCUUUCAGUGCUUUCGACUACGGCGUAGCAACCAAUCAGCCAGCCUUGGAAGAGAUUCCCAAGGUUGGCGAUUUUGUGGGCAUCCAGGUGACCGAUCCUACAGUGAACGCUGUCGUUGUUUUGUCAUACCCGUACUACUGGUAUAGCUUGACCGGCGCGUGCCCAAACUUGCCUUGGAAGUGCAUGCAGGGAUCCAACUUUCCAUCCUGCCCGACAAAGUCAGAGGAUGUCGGCGUCAACCCACUUCCAUGUCAAGACAUAGGCUGCGACGGAAAGUUCGAAAAAAAGGCCCAGGAGUGUGCUGCCGACUUCUCGAAAGAGGCCACUAUGACAAAGUGCUGCUUGCGGUAUGCUACCUCAGGGACCUCAAUCAAGCUCAAGUACAGGAAG